AUGUCGUUUUCUUUGAAGGUACUGUCGCUCCUUGGGGCCCUGGGCGUGCUCUCUUCUUCUGUGUCUGCGGCCAAUGACACUCUGUUUUCAUCCACUAAAGGGAAGACCUAUGACUACAUUAUUGUAGGAGGAGGACUUAGCGGUCUGGUUGUUGCUAAUCGUCUGACUGAGGAUAGGAACGUUUCUGUCCUGAUCAUCGAGAAUGGUGUGAUCGACAACAGACCUUCCACCAAGGUCCCCUACUAUGCCAACAUAAAUGUGGACAACUACUAUCCUAUCACUUCUGCUCCGGAACCAUUCAUGCAUAACAAGACAUGGAGUGUACAUGUAGGAAACGUCGUGGGCGGAGGUUCUGUCAUCAACGGCAUGCAGUUCGAUCGCGGUUCCGACGCUGACUACGACGCAUGGGAGCAGCUAGGAAGCCCUGGGUGGGGCUUCAAAGGUCUCGCAAAGUACUUCAAAAAGUCCACCCACUUUGAUGGCCCAUCGGAGGCGACUCGCAAACGACUUAACAUCACGUACGAUGCGCGAGCGUAUGGAGAUGGCCCGUUGAAGGUUUCCAUCCCGAGUUAUCAGUACGAAGAUUACAAGGACAUCAUGGGAUCGUUCCUUGCCGAGAAUAUUUCACAUUCGCAGGAAGGAUUCGCAAGACCACUAGGCACAUUUUGGACCCCGAACACAAUCGACAACUCGACCAAAGAACGUUGCCAUGCUCGUGUUGCGUAUUACGAUCCAGUGCAACAACGCUCUAACCUACAUCUCCUAACCAACACGCACGUUGACGAGAUCAUCUUCACCGGUGGCAGGAGGUUGGGCGCAAGCGGUGUCAAGAUGACCUCUAACACUGACUCCAACACGGGCUCCGUCUACGCGGCCAAAGAAGUCAUCCUUGCCGCUGGCGGAGUAUUCACUCCCCAUCUCCUCAUGCUCUCUGGUAUUGGACCCAAGGACGUCCUUGCCGCAGCGAAGAUCUCUGUCAAAAAGAAUCUCCCAGCUGUGGGAUCUAACUUCCAAGACCACCAAGCCCUAUACAUGAGAUACAAUCUCUCCAACCAAUCGAUCCCGAACCCAGACAUGCUCGUCGGCACCGCAGUAGACCAAUCCUUCAACGCCACCGCCGCCUUACUCUACGCAGCAAACCGCACCGGCCCCUGGACCUUCGGCCGCGGAAACGCCGCCGCCUUCCUCCCAUUCAAGCAAUUCUCCACCAACUACGCAAACAUCACCGCCCAGAUCUCAGCACAAAAUCCACUCGCCUACCUCCCUACGCGGUACGCCAACAACAAAGCCCUCCUCAAAGGCUUCCUCGCCCAGCGCACCAUCUUGAUCGAGCACUACCUCUCCGACAACGCAGCAACAGGUGAAUACCCCAUCCAGCCCUGGGGCCGCGCAACAACCGCAGUCCAAAAGCCGCUCUCCCGCGGCACGCUGGUGCUCAACGCCACGCACCCCUCCGCAAACCCCAUCGUCGUCCGUAACGCCUUCCAAAACCCGGUCGACAAGAUGGUGCUCGGCGAACUCGUCCGCUGGAACCGCAGGCACUGGACGCAGCAGCCCCUUCUGCAGCGCUUCAGUCCCGUUGAAACCGUGCCCGGCGCCCAAUAUCAGACUGAUGAGGAGAUCUUCGACGCCAGUAUCACCGCCGGCGUGCUGGAUCCGACGUAUGCGCACUCGAGUGGAGCGUGUGCGCUUAUGCCGGAGGAGCUGGGCGGGUGUGUGGAUCCGACGUUGAGAGUGUAUGGGGUGCAGAAUCUGAGGAUUGUGGAUGCGAGCAUUUUGCCGAUGAUUCCCGCGGCGCAUCUCCAGGCGACGAUGUAUGCUGUUGCGGAGAAGGCUGCGGAUAUCAUCAAGGCUCGAUAGAUAGAUAACCGGGUAGGAUAUUGGAUGUAUACAUUAGC